AGCUGCCGUGAUAGCUCCUGUUCGCAACGAUGAGCCUAUCGUCACUCGCAGGGAACUUUGGAGCUACUAUCUGUACUACAACGGUGACAACGGAGUUGGACCCCUAGGAUAUAGUAUGACUCUGUUCCAGUCGCUAGCCGUCGCCGCCGGGUUCGACCCGGUGAAAGGACCGGGGUCUAGCUGCUCUGCCUCGGACGCCUCCGGACAGUGUGUGGUCCCUUGGGGUGGGGGCACCAAAGCCGUCAACUCUGUCGUCUUGGUAGCCAACGGCGCAAGUUUCGCGGUCAUGACGCUCUUGUUCACUACAGUCAGCUCAGUGGCAGAUUAUGGCACCUUUGGACGGUGGCUGCUCCUGAUUGUCACCGUUUUCUGUUGGAUCGCACAAUUCGCCUGCAUGUCCCUGACGACACCUGACCGAUGGGGCCUCGCGUUGGCCUUGUACAUGAUCGGGUUCAUCACAUACGGCGCGACCCUCGUGUUCUACGCUGCCCUCUUUCCUCGUUUGGCUCGCAACACUGCGCACGCCCGCCAGCUUAGAGAUCAAUACGAACGAGGCGAGAUCUCUGUGGAAGAAUAUGAACGGGAGGAGAGUCUGGAGAAGAACCGCAUCAGCAACAUCAGCACGGCACACAGCAAUAUCGGGUACAUUGUCACGCUCGCCUUGAACCUUACUAUCCUGCUACCCCGCGCGAGCGACCCGAAAGUCAACAACUACGUCCUAGUCCUAACGAACGGAUAUUGGGUGCUGUUGGGCAUUUGGUGGUUCAUCUUUCAGCAGCCGCGCCCAGGUCCCCCACUACCCAAGGGUGAACACUACGUGACGAUAGGAUGGAAGCAGAUCUGGAUGGCACUCAAGCAGUAUAAACAGCUGCCCCACACCUUCAUAUACCUGGCGGCGUUCUUCCUGCUCGCCGACGGCUUCAACACCACAGGCACUCUCGUAUACAUUUGCCAGAACGACCGGUUCAAAUUCUCGUUCCUUCAGAAUACUUACCUUGGGCUGGUCCAGGCCGUCGCGUCAACCACAAGCACUUUGGGUUUCUGGUACAUUCAGCGAUACUGGAAGAUCCCCACCAAGAAGAUGUUUGCAGUAACCAACGUCGUCACGAUACUCAUUCCCUUGUGGGGGAUGAUCGGUCUAUGGACUACGAAGUUUGGCUUCCGCAACGUCUGGGAGUUCUGGGCGUACAACGUCAUCUCCGGACUCUUCCAAGCUCCGUACUAUGCAUUCUCCCAGACGAUGAUGGCCGAGCUGACUCCACCGGGCUUCGACAACAUGUUCUUUGGUCUGUUUGGGCUGUCGAACCGCGCCUCCAGCUUGAUCGGACCGAAUGUCGUGCAAGCUAUCAUCGACAGCUCGGGCAACAACUGGAAGGGCUUUCCAUUCCUGUUCGCGUUGUGCACUGUCGCAUGCGGUGUUCUCUGGUUCGGUGUGGACGUGCAGCAAGGCCGGCGCGACGCGAUUAUAUGGGCGGCAAAGCAGCGGUCCCAUGGCCAGGCAGCCGCAUCGAAGUCGGAGAUAGACACGGAAGAGUCGCCGAAGAAGAAGCUGUAG